UAAAUGCCAAGUAUUACAGUUCAGCAAUAUAAUCGUCAAAUAAUUGGAACAAAUUCAUUCGCUCCUUGCUUAAAGUCAAAGUCAUCUCUUUUCAAAUUAAAUUGGAUUUAUGUUUCUGCAGAUAAGAUUUAAGUUGGCACUUUUUUAAACAGUUUUGAGUACCGCUUCCAAAAAUAAUUCAAUUGUUCAAACUUUACUUUGUUCGAUAUUACCUCAUUACUAUAAUUCGAUUAUUCGCACUUGACACUAAUCGAGAUGAGUGACGCGUACAAUAUCGACCACUUCCCGUGGCGCAGCAAGUUCACGGACGACAACAUCGCCGAGUUCAAGGAGGCGUUCAUGGAGUUCGAUCAGGACGGAGGCGGCACCAUCGACUUGGACGAGUUGGGUUCACUUCUGAGGAAUCUCGGGCAGAACCCGUCGGAAGAAGAAUUGGAAGAGAUCGUGGCUGAGGCGGACGAGGAUGGCAACGGGGAGAUUGACUUCGCUGAGUUCCUGGGAAUGAUGGCGAGGAAGAUCACUGAAGUAGAGGAAAAUGAGGAGAAGAUUCUGGAAGCAUUCAAAGUGCUGGACAAGGACUGCGAUAAUUUCAUAUCACCAGAUGAACUCAGACAGGUGAUGGCGAUGUUAGGUGAGAAGAUGACGGACGAGGAGGCGGCGGAGAUGAUCAAAGUGGGAGACAAGGACGGGGACGGACUCCUCUCAUACGAAGAGUUCCUUCUACUAAUUCGCAGUGGAUGAGCACAAUAACGCGAUGAGCACAAUAACGCUAAUUUAUGUUCGGAUGGAGAAAGUUAUAUGAAUUAAAGACAAAUUUUAAUGUGGCACUAGGUGUUGUCUUCUUUUGUAUGUAACCAAUAUGUGAAAUGGAUAUGGUACUCGAUGUGCUGACUAUGAUGAAGAAAACUCGAACUAAAUUUAAAAGAGUUGGCUUUGUAAAUGAAGCCAUUCUACUCA